AUGCUCUUCGCAACGAGGAUGCCUCAGCUGUCCAAGGAGGCAAAUGAACGUGAUCUCGAAGACGCCAUCGCCUCACUCUUCCCCGAGGAUGGCUCUUUCAAGCCUCCGGCUAAAACAGCUUGGCAUGCAGCUUAUGCUGCCGCAACAACAUCAGACGGCGACUGGCUCCUCACCAUCCCAGCACAGUUCCUGACCUCAGACAAUGAGACCCUGACAGAACGAAAUGAUCUCUAUCACUAUUCUACUUUUGAGGAUACACGUUCAGAUGCGGAAGGCCCUCUUUCUGACUACACAGACGACUGCUCGCAAGACGGAGACUCGGCCAGCAGCGUGUCCUCUGCAAGCCCCGACUGCCUCCUUGCCCCUCCUUCUCAAGACGCUUUCGUCUCAUCACCGCCACCGCCCGCAGCAAAUGGCAGGUCUCGAAAGUCCAAGGCAUCGUCGAGCAACUACCAGUGGAGCAGGGAGGAGCACAGGAGGUUUGUCGACGCGCUGGAGAAGCUGUCGCCUCUGAGGCAGAUGCUUGCGAGCCAUGGGAGGGUGACGAUAGGGCUGGGGCACGGGCUAGCGGAGAUGAUAUCGAAGGCUGUAGGGACGCGGUCGAUCUCGCAGGUGCGGUCGCAUGCGCAGAAGUACUUCCAACGGAUCAACAGGGAGCGAGGGUAUGACUGA